AUGCAAGUGCGUUAUAGUAUUUUCAAGUACAAGAAGCUCAAUUUGACGGCGUCACCAUAUCGGCUCCUCUUUAACGCAGGACAAAGACACCGUUACUUGAUUGAGAAACUGAAACGGUACGAUGUCGCUAAAGCGGAGGGACCUGAGGUUAGACCCCAUGAGAUCACCGGAGAAGAGCGUUUCUACCUGAAGAAGAUGGGUCAGAAAAGGUCUAACUACGUGCCGAUUGGGAGGAGAGGAGUGUUCGGUGGCGUGAUUCUAAACAUGCAUUUGCACUGGAAGAAGCAUGAGACGGUUAAGGUUAUCUGCAAUAACAGUAAGGCGGGACAAGUGCAACAGUACGCGGAGGAGCUUGCUGAACUGAGUGGUGGUGUGCCUGUUAACAUAGUCGGCGAUGAUACGAGCAUAUUUUAUAGAGGGAAAGGUUACGUUCAGCCAAAUGUUAUGUCUCCUAUCGAUACAUUGUCGAAGAAAAGGGCAUAUGAAAAAUCAAAGUACGAACAAUCUCUUGAGUCGGUGAAACACUUCAUAGCAGUUGCAGAGAAGGAAAUUGAACUAUACUACAGGCAUGUUGCUCUUUAGGAUGACCCGAUUAACAGGAAUCCGCUGUCUAUCUUGGAUGAUUCUCCAUCGGAAUCAGGUGGUGAAUCAUGUGAUCACCACCGAAAUAAGCUUGAUAUAAGUUGUUCAGACACUGAAGAUGAAGAGCUCUGUCAGUUAGACACUGGUUCUUAUGAAGAUUUUUAUGAAACUGGAAGGUAGUUUGGACUUCUUGAAACAUUGGUUUAUAGGUCUUGUCAUAAAUAAAAUGAAAUUUCUCGUUGAGAAAGUUGCUUAAUUGAAGCGGUUAUG